AUGCCUGUGCAACAGUUCACAGCAUCGCCUUCCCAGUAUACUCUCUACAACUCCCAGUCGCAUCCAAUCUCUCCCGUCAACUCAGCGACAGCCACACCCAACAACUCUUCACCGACUUCUCCACGAUCGAAUCCUCCCCCUCACCUCCCUGCACAUACUCGACAGCUGCGACCACCGAAGUCUCCCUUGUAUGUUCCUGCAGUUCUGCGACCAACAGAUCCGCCGCGGAGGGUUCUGCGGCACUCGCCUUUGACACCGCCACAAAGCAAAGAUAACAGCUUCGAUGACCUCGAGAACGCGCGAGCACUGAGCAGACGGUCGACAGGAGACAGCGGCAAGUUUGGCUUGGGUGCAAUAACUGAAGCGGAGUGGAGUGCAGAAGGACUCGGAAAGGUGACAGCGUUACCGACAAGAGAGCACUGGAAGCCUGACUCUGAAUCAUCUGUCUGCGACGACGCUACCUGCACUCGAUACUUCGGCUACUUCACUCGUCGUCAUCAUUGUCGACGCUGUGGAAAUAUCUUCUGCGAUACACAUUCCCUCUACAUCAUCCCUCUUGACCAAGACGCCAACUACCACCCCAAAGGUACGAGAGUUCGCUCAUGCGAGCAUUGCUACACAGACUUUCGACGAUGGACAAUUGCACGAUCGAGCAGGUCGAAUAGUGAAAGUUCGCAACUUGGAGAUGAACCUUCUACACCAACUGUGAAUUGUGCUGGCAGAGCAAAAGGUGCAAUGGGUAGUGUCUUUGGACAGAAGAACAAUGGCACACCCGAGAGCCUUGCAGCAAGCGUCCCAAGAGACUGGAACUGGAGCACAUUCUGA